AUUAAUCUAAAGGUGUCAAGACCACCAUAAUUAACAUUUAAGUAUCGUCAAAGUCAGGCUAAUGACGUCUUAUUGCACUUUAAAUAUAUCGACAGGUCUAUCUCAUUUCAUUAGUUUCCUAACGUUAUUACUGUCAAUAAUCCAUCAUGGAUUAUUCGAAAUUAGUAAUUGUAUUUGCAGUUUUGUAUUCAGUUUCUGGUAAAGAACACGAGUAUCAGCAAUCUGGUAGAACUUUCCGGUCAUGGUCCGAUAUAAGUAACGGUGUAUCAAGUUUAGCAAGUUUUAUAUGGGGUGUCGAGUAUAUUUUAAAUGGAAAAGAGACAAAUGGAGAUGUGAUGGCACAAGACGCCUAUUUAUCCAUUAUGGAACUCACGAGGAAAUAUGGUUAUAAUAUGGAACAGCACAAAGUUAUAACCGAAGAUGGUUACAUAUUGACCGUACAUAGAUUGCAAGGGAGAAAUUCUACUCGCAAUGGGAAAGUAGUUUUUCUAAUGCAUGGAAUUAUUGAGUCUUCAGACAGUUGGGUUCUUCAAGGGCCUAAUAAAGCUUUAGGAUACAUUUUAGCAGACAACGGGUAUGAUGUGUGGAUGGGAAACGCAAGAGGAAACAAGCACGCAAUGUCCCAUAAAGAGCUAGAUGCGAAAAACAGUGAUUUCUGGGAAUUUACAUGGGAAGAAAUCGGUUUAUACGAUCUCCCUGCAAUGAUAGACCACGUUCUAAAUGUGACCGGUAACGAAAGAUUGUACUACGUUGGACAUUCGCAAGGUACAACUAGUUUCUUCGUAAUGAAUUCGAUGAAACCUGAAUAUAAUGAUAAAAUCAACAUAAUGUUCUCACUAUCACCGGUUGCUUGGAUGAGAAACAUUAAAAGCCCUUUGGUAAGAAAAGUUUCAUCGUAUUUAAGUUUUUUGGGAUAUUUUCUUUCUAAUUUGAAGGCAAAAUGGCCGAGCAUGGAUUUCUUGAAUAAGUUUACAGCAGCGGCGUGUAAUUACGCACCUAACGGUUGCGAGAAAUUAUUGUACAUGUUGGAAGGUAACUAUCAUCAUAUAAACAGUAGCCUUUUGCCUGUUAUCUUAGGGCAUAUGCCUACGGGAGCGUCGGCUGCUCAAUUCGUACAUUUUGGACAGUUGGUGAACUCUGGAAGAUUCUCAAGGUUCGAUUUCGGUGAAGAAAUCAACAUGAUGGAAUAUGGACUGCUUUCACCGCCGGAUUACGAUGUGACAAAGAUAACAGUUCCUGUAGAAAUUUUCUACAGUGACAACGAUAUGUUAUCGGCUGAGGCGAAUGUGGAUAUAUUGAAAGAAAAGCUGCCUUACGUGUUUGGAUAUAAUUUCUUGAAGGGCUUCACUCAUUUGGACUUUUUAUAUGCGUAUAACGCUAAGGACAAAAUUUACGACAAGAUAUUGCGUAGAAUAAAUGAGAAUUAAAGUUUUCGCUGCGGCAAGUACUUACG